CGACGGCCGAAAGAGCGCCCCCCUUCGCACCGUUGGCGGAAGCCACCGUUUCAAACGAGUCGUCGCCUUAGGCCCAGCCAUGGGACUCCCGCAGUACUCGGGACCGUUCAAGGUCGGCGCCAUUGACCUUGAGAUCCCUGUGCGGGAACCAAGAAGCUUCGGGACGGAGGUGGUGCCCAACGAGCACAUCAAUGCGCCGCCCAAGCCAAGGAGAAGACGCAAGCAGGAGUCAAAGUCAGCCAACGCGAGACAUUCUGCAGCAAAAGAUGGGGCAAAGGCGAGGAUGACCGAAGGGGCCGAGGACCACGAUGCUGAUGCGAACAAGAACAAGGGCAAGGGCGACAAGGACGAGGAUGGGGAUACAGAGGAGGACAAGAGCUGGAGCCCGUUCACGAGUGGCGCCAAGACCAGCACGCUCCAUCUCGCCACUGUCCUCUUCACUGUGUACUACCCUUCUGACAUCAGUGACAAGGACGAAAAGUACCACAGCCACGUUACGUGGAUCGGCCGGCCCAAGCGUAAAGGCCUGGCUGCCUUAUUCAACUAUCUGGGCCAGUACGGCAUGUUCUCCAUCCCGGCAUCGCCUGCGCUUCUUCUGCUCCUCUCUGCACGAAUGCCUGCCCUCGUUGCAGCGCCUCUCGCGGACCCAAAGCACCCCCAGGCACGGGCGCCGCCGCCUGCCGACCGCGUAGAGGCGGGCAAUCUUGGUGCGGUGCCUCCCAAGUUUCCCCUCGUCAUAUUCAGUCAUGGUCUGGCGGGCAACCGGCUCACGUACAGCCAAUAUUGCGGUGAGCUCGCCUCCCAGGGCGUCAUUGUGGCAGCGGUAGAGCAUCGAGAUGGAUCUGGGAUCGCUUCGAUGGUCCGACCGCCUUCUUGGAAGGACGAAGCAGACAUAGAAGAGAAUAGCGCCGAGAGGAGGCGAAAGCAGAAGCAGCCGAAGGCAACGGUGCCCUACUUUCAAUUCGAGCGAAUCGGCCUACGCUCAUUUGCAGAGGAGCCAAACGAGAAGGAGAUUGCGCUCCGCAAGGCACAGAUGGCCAUGAGGGCAGCCGAGCUCGAAGAAUGCCUCUACGUCUUGACGAGAAUUGCAAAGGGAGAGGGAGAAGAGGUGGCCAAGAGCAGCACCAGAGGUCUAGGAAGCAAGCUGGGCAAGCGGCAUCGGAGGGCAGCACAGAGGAAAGAGGAUGUCCGAUACAGCCUCGAAGAGGAGCCGAAGCGGCUGGCCUCGUGGAAAGGAAGGCUGGACACCGACUUUCCCUGCCUCGUUGGGCACUCGUUCGGAGGCGCGACAGUGAUUGAGAUGCAGCGCAAGGGGCCCAUUCGAACCUCGGAGGGCCAGGAGGAGUCAAAGCGCUCCAUGUUUCCCUUCACCAUCAUUCUCGACCCCUGGAUGGAGCCCGUCGAGAUCAACGACGACCGGCCGAUGAAGGAGCCGGCCUAUGUGAUCAACAGCGAAUCUUUUACUGUUUGGCAGGAGCAUUUCAACAAGCUCAAGCGGAUCCUCCACGUCUCCAGAGAGGCAAACGACGGCAAGCGCGGAUGGCUCAUGACGCUGUGUGGCAGUAACCAUCUCGACUUUUCCGACAUGCCCUUUUUACUUCCCCGUGUCUUUCGUUCCACUGUCGGACCGACGGCGACGAUUGCCAUCUUUAGUAGGGCGACGUAUGCGCAGAUGGGCCUCGUGCGACAACGGAUCCGUGAGCAGGAACAGCUUCCGGGCCCAAAGGCCGGGCAGACGGAGAGCGACGGCGGGCAAGUGCCAGACGAAAGAGAGCAAGCAGCAAAGUUGCACGAGGAGGAUCAAGCGAAGCUGCAACAGGAACAGGUGCAGUCGCCAGACGAAAUGCCUGAGGACGAGGGCCAGUCCCGUGGAGACUUUCUCGUGGGGGAGAAGAGUGCCCAGGGGAAGAAGGAGGACGACACCGGCAAGAAGGCCAAUGGUGACUUCCCCAAGAGCGAUGAUAAACAGUGGAGCUCGAAUGCAGACGAUUCUCCCCUGACAAAGAAGCCCGGCGAGGAACGGGACAGACACAUGUCAUCGCUGCGAGAGCGAAAGGGACAGGCGGCAGAGAAGCUCAAGAAAGGCAACGAGGAACGCAAGAUGGAGCAGAAGGAACUCAAGGCGCUGGUCCAGGCCGAUCGGAAGAGGCAUGGCUUAGAGACUGCCGCCGUCAUUGCGAACCGCACCCCCGAUGGCGACCUGAGAGGCCAGAGAAGACUGACAGACGAAGACGUCGAUUUCAGUCUAAGAGCCGUCGACGUCGAUGCCGACCGCGAUGCAGAAGAGGUUCACAGGAGCUUGGAAGACAUCAGCGAGAAGCUCGACUACAAGAGGCCAAAAGCGCACAGCCUUAUGGGCCUCUUGUUCCGCUCCAAGGGUAUUCGUCCCGGUCUCGCAGGGCCAGGCAAGGUCCUUAUCCAUCAGUACUAGACCCAUCGGAACUACACCAUCAUACCUAACCAUAGAGUGUCGUCAACCUAGCCAUAAAUUACCGCACCUGCACCACCUCUAUUGAUUCACUCUUAAUCCUGAUGUACAGUGUUGGCCCUGC